CCUCAGGUGGAUGCUGCACUUCUGCUUCACAACUACAGUACAUCAGGUCAUGUGGUCUCUACUGUUAUCAGUUCAGCUCCUGGCUUCCUGUUCCUCUAUAGCUCUGUGUCCUGGAGCAGAGGGGACAAAGUCCCAUAUGAUAUGUGAAGGAAGCACAAAACAACUGGAUUGUGUGACCAUGCCACAUCAGACUAAACCCAUUUGGGAGCUUUUGAGUGCUGAUGUAAUCCAAAUCUACGCUGCCAACUACGGGCGGACAAAUAACUGCUCCUGUUCUGAUGGAGUCCCUGCUCACCUCAAAAACACUGACUGUCUUAAAAGCACAACGCUCGAUACGGUAAAACAAAAAUGUGAGGGAGAGCAGACAUGCUCGCUGACUGCUUCAAAUGGUGACUUUGGAGGUGAUCCCUGCGGUGGCACAUUCAAGUACCUAAACAUCUCCUAUUGCUGUCUUCCCCCAGACUCCCCUCUCUGCUGUCCCACCUACCAGCCAGUUUCCAACUACACCCAGAAUGGCCUGGUGUUUGUCCCAGAGCGGAUGUCCUGGGUUGAGGCCCUGCACCACUGUGCUGAGAGGGGCUCCAGGCUGGUGCACAUCCUGGACAGCUGCACCCAGGUCCGUGUGGAGGAGCUGCUGGCGAUGGUGGCUCCUUGCUGGGGCUGCGUGGAGAAGGCCUGGGUGGGCCUGGAGCGCUGCAUGAUCAACCCCCACGCCCCCUGGGAGUGGAGCGGAGGAGCCGUGGUGGGGCACUACCAGCGCUGGAGCCCCAGCUUCCCCCACAAGCCCUGCUGCUUCCACUGUGGCCAGCUGCUGCAGGAGGGGGCAGCCCCGGGCCAGGAGCACCGGACCUACCGCUGGCAGGACGCCUGCUGCCGGGAGAAACUGCCCUUCAUCUGCGCACCUGCUAAUGGCACUCAACCAUGCCAGGUGAACUCACCUGUUACCAGCACUGAUGAUACUGCCAGCUGAACUCACCUGUUAAUGGCACUCAACCAUGCCAGCUGAACUCACCUGUUAAUGGCACUCAACCAUGCCAGCUGAACUCACCUGUUACCAACACUGAUAAUACUGCCAGGUGAACUCACCUGUUAAUGGCACUCAACCAUGCCAGCUGAACUCACCUGUUAUAAACACACACAUCUCAUCUGUUCACCCGUUUAUGGUACACAUAGUCAAACGUGUAACAUUUAUAUGUUGAAAUACAGAUGAAUAUAAUCAUCUUGGUGUAUGGUUAAGAUUGUUUGAUGUGAGGUAAAGUGGGGUUAAUAAUAUACUCAUCUUGGUGUAUGGUUUAGAUUGUUUGAUGUGAGGUAAAGUGGGGUUAAUAAUAUACUCAUCUUGGUGUAUGGUUUAGAUUGUUUGAUGUGAGGUAAAGU